UUCCGAUGUCGCUUCUUCCCUUUGGUAGCACACUUCCUGAGAUUCUCCAUGGAUGAGGAGCUCGAGCUGUCCCCCAAUGGCUGCUCAUCGACUUCCUCUCCCGAAACCUACUUUCAGAACCAGAAUUCUCGCAUCAACUUUCACAUAUGCAACGCCUUUACUUCGUGCUAAUUCCAUCUCUUUCACAUUUCACUUGAUCUAUUCGCUCCCCAAAUUUCAUUCUAUUCAUGAUGAAGCUUCAGGAUCUUCUAAUCACGAUCCUGUUUCUUCUUCAGUUUCUGCCUCGAAUUCGUUUCUAGUGGAAAAGAUUUUGUUCAGCUUGAAGCAAAAUAAUGUAAGUUCUUUGUCCAAUUCUCUUUUCCGCCUGAAUCCCUCAGCUUUAGUUGAAGUUCUGUAUGGAUGUCGUGAAAAUUUACAUUUGGGAUUAAAAUUUAUUGAUUUAGUUUCUUCUAGUUGCCCGAAUUUGAAGCACUCGUCAAUUUCUUUGAGUGCAAUGGUUCAUUUUUUAGUGCGCGGCAGGAGGCUCUCAGAAGCCCAAGCUUGCAUUCUUAGGAUGGUGAGGAAGAGUGGCGUCUCACGAGUUGAGGUCGUUGAAUCUAUAGUUUCAACGUGUGGUAAUUUUGGGUCGAUUGGUUUGGUUUCUGAUUUGUUAGUAAGGACUUAUGUGCAAGCUAGAAAGUUAAGGGAAGGAUCUGAAGCAUUUCGAAUUUUGAAAAGCAAAGGAGUUUCUGUUUCUAUAAAUGCUUGUAAUAGUCUCCUUGGUGGUCUUGUGAAGAUUGGCUGGGUGGAUUUAGCUUGGGAAAUAUUUGGGGAAGUUGUGAGAGGGGGCACUGAGUUGAAUGUUUAUACACUGAACAUAAUGGUCAAUGCUCUGUGUAAAGAUGGCAGAAUUGCAAAUGUGAAUUUGUUCUUAUCAGAUAUGGAAAAGAAAGGAGUUUUUCCUGACAUUGUGACAUAUAAUACUCUAAUUAGUGCUUACUGUCGUGAAGGGUUUGUUGAAGAAGCCUUUGAACUGUUGAAUUCAAUCUCUAGUAAGGGUAUGGAACCAGGCCUUCUAACUUAUAAUGCUAUCAUAAAUGGCCUAUGUAAGAUACGUAAGUAUAACAGGGCAAAGGACGUUUUGAAUCAGAUGUCGCAACUUGGGUUAAAGCCUGAUGCCGCUACAUAUAACACAUUGCUGGUUGAGAUUUGUCGACGAGAUAAUAUUUCAGAAGCUGAAGAGAUAUUUGAUGAAAUGUCACGUCAUGGUGUUCUUCCUGAUUUGAUUAGUUUUAGUUCUCUGAUUAGUGUGCUUGCAAGGAAUGGGAAUCUUGAUUUGGCUCUUACGUAUUUUAGAGAUAUGAAAAAUAUUGGUCUCGUACCUGAUAAUGUAAUUUAUACUAUUCUUAUUGAUGGGUUUUGUCGAAACGGUGCGAUUUCAGAUGCUUUGAAAAUGCGGGAUGAGAUGCUUGCUCAGGGUUGUGUUGUGGAUGUGGUUGCAUAUAAUACUAUUUUGAAUGGGUUAUGUAAGAAGAAGAUGCUUGUUGAUGCAGAUAUGCUAUUCAAUGAAAUGGUUGAAAGGGGUGUGUUUCCGGACUUUUAUACUUUCACCACACUCAUUCAUGGAUAUUGCAAGGAUGGAAAUAUGGAUCGAGCGCUGAAUUUGUUUGGAACAAUGGUUCGCACAAACCUCAAGCCAGACAUCGUGACAUACAACACGUUGAUUGAUGGCUUUUGCAAAGUAGGUGAUAUGAAAAGGGCCAAGGACUUGUGGGAUGAUAUGAUCAGGAAAGAUAUUGUCCCUAACCACGUUUCCUACGGAACUGUAAUAAAUGGUUUUUGUAGUUCAGGCUAUUUAUCCGAGGCAUUGCAUUUGUGUGACCAGAUGGUUGAACGGGGUAUCAAACCGAAUCUUGUCACUUACAAUACUUUAAUCAAGGGCUACUGCCGGUCUGCUGAUAUGCUGAAGGCCCAUGAAUGCUUGAGCAAAAUGAUAUCAAAUGGAAUAAUUCCCGAUCGCAUCUCAUAUAAUACCCUCAUCGAUGGAUAUUUAAAAGACGAGAACCUAGGAAAAGCCUUUGUUAUGAUUAAUGAGAUGGAAAAGCAAGGGCUCAAACUUGAUGUUAUUACGUACAAUUUGAUUUUGAACGGAUACUGUGCAAAAGGAAGAAUGCUAGAGGCUGAGCAGGUGUUAAGGAAAAUGAUAGAGAAUGGUGUAAAUCCUGACAGAGCCACUUAUUCUUCUCUGAUAAAUGGUCACGUCAGCCAAGACAAUAUGAAGGAUGCGUUUCGUUUCCACGACGAAAUGCUACAAAGAGGACUUGUGCCUGAUGAUAGAUUUUAGUUUUGGGUUUCAUUGGAUGCACAUCAGAAUAUAUACAAUUAAGGGAUACUUCAUAUCUGAUCCAAAACACGGUGCCGAUGCUUUUACAUUGAUGUUGUCUCUUCAAUUAUAGAGAACUGAAGUUCAGUAAGGACACGCAUCAUUUUGUAAAAAUCUAGAACAUGGAGACAAUAAGGACAUGCUUAUUAAGGGAAAGGUCUACACCCUUACAAAGGGUGUUUCGUUCUCCUCCCCAACCAAUGUGGGAUUCUCACAAUCCACCCCUCUUCGGAGCCCAGCGUCCUCGUUGGCACUCGUCCCUUUCUUCGAUCAAUGUGGUACCUCCACCAAAUCCACUCUUCUUCAGGGCCUAGCAUCCUUACUGCCACACCACCUCGUGUCUACCCCCUUCAAGACAAUAUCUACUAGUGGGGAGCUCAAACCAUUACAAUUUUUAUACUAGAAAAAAAUUCUACAAACACAGAUACCCGUGCUCAUGAUCGUUGGCUAAGGCAUGUGUUCUCGAAGUAACGCCUACUCCAAGGUCAGCUCUUAGAACCUCCAAAUGAGGUUUGGAGUGGGCGUACAUGAAUUAUUUGACUACUAGGGCACAUUUUUUCUUCUUUGCCAAACUGUAAAAGGAAUUCGAAAUGCUUCCAAAACAGCCCUUUUUGACACAUUUGAAAGGCAGGCUGCAUGAUUCAUGACAUGGGAAAAUGACGCAGACCCCAAUAUUUCAGGCUCCUUGGCUGGUUUGUGAUGGCAACUUGAUCUCUCUGUAGGAAUACAAAAUGGGCAAUGCUUCAACAAGAAAUAUAUUGAAGAGCUGUUUUGUAAGCACUUUUUUGCACUUGUAUUUCUCUUGAUGCCAUUGAUUUUGGGCUCUC